UCAUUUCUCCCUUAAAGAAAAUCAAAAACAAGAGCUCUUUAGUUCCGUCUGAACAGCUGCGCAUACUUACUACAUAUGUUCAAUAACCUAACCUGGAGCGUCAGCAUAAGCAGCUCGUGAAUUCACCAAGAUGAAUACAUGGCAGCGAAAUGUCCGUAUGAUGCAUCAAAUCACUGAGGUAUUGGACCUUGACGCUGCCAAAACUGAUCCAGUCGCCGAUUUCAUCGCGCUCAUUGAAGCAAUGCGAGAAGGCCUUACCCAUGUUGACGAUGACUUUCAAAUCCCGGACUCGCAAAUCAACGUCCUAUUUCUUAAUAAGCUAAAGUCACGACCGGAAUGGAAUGACUGGGCGACGAACAUGCUCCGUAACACGCGAUUGGACACGCAAAAUCCCGCGGAUAGGAUUACCUUCCAAGAGCUCGCAGAGUUAGCAAUUGGGUACGAGAAAGCCAUGCGGCGGAAAAACAAGGGUACACAGCAUAUACGGAGCAAAAGCACGCCUCAUGCCUCUUUUGACGUGCCAUCAAAUUCUAGAAAAUUUACGCAGGAGGAUAUAAACGCAUUCGUUGUCCAGCAAAUGAGCCGAGAUGGAAAGACUGCACUUCACAGCGAAAAUGCGAGACAGCACAGCAAAAAACCCAGUCAAGAGGAGAUUAAUCAAUAUGUCAUUGAGCAGAUGCACCAGGAACAAGAACGCAAAACCAGGCUGCGAAGCCACAGCCAUCCGGUGCCGAGAGUGCAAACAACCCAUGCCCGAUCAACAGCCGCGCGCUGUACUUUCUGCGGCGACUCAUCUCACCAAUAUGGCAAUUGCUGGCGUCGGUUCAGGGUGGCUGUCGAGGUACCGCAUGGCAAUUUUCUGCCGAAGCGUGUUGAAUUUAGGACAGAAAUUCCUGGUCAACCUCCCAUGUACCGGUCUGGCUUUAGACUUUUCUAAGGCUGUCUUCUCAUUUUCCUCUGUAUAUCUUCGGCAAUGAUUAGGCCAAAGUAUUCUAAUGGGAGUGAACACUGCCAUGUGCUUCUACCCUGCCUUCUUUCGUCUGUUCAAAGACAGCAAGUGCACGUUAG